AUGGUAGAGUAUGAAGCUUAUGUUAUGAGUUUGAGAGCAGCCUUAGGAAGGGAAAUAAAAGUGCUCAAAGUAUACGGAGAUUCCUCGCUGGUGGUUUAUCAGCUGCUAGGUGAGUGGAAGACAAAUGAUCUAAAAUUAGUUGAAUAUCGAAACUUGAUGCUUGAACUAUUCAAAGAGUUUGAAGAGGUCACAUUCACUUAUUUCCCUAGAGAAAAAAAUCAGAUGACAAAAUCUUUGGCCACAUUGGCUGCAAUGUUUCAGGCAAGUAAAAGGGCAGAUGUGAUGCCAAUCUUGAUGGAAGUGUAUAAGAUCCUGGAACACUAUUACAUCUUGGAAGAAGAGGUAGAUGGUCGUCCAUGGUACCAUGAUAUUUUUCAGUACAUCAAGUAUGAAACCUACCCGCAACGAGCAUCUGAGAUAGAAAAGAGAACGAUUAGAAGGAUGGUUGUAGGGUAUAUUCUUGAUGGGGGAAUUCUAUAUAAAAGAGAUAGAGAUCAAGUUUUGCUGAGAUUUAUCGAUGCUAGAGAAGCAAAAACUAUUAUUGAAGAAGUGCAUAGUGGAAUAUGUGAAACACAUGAAAAUGGUCUUUCUAUGGCCAGAAAAAUCAUGUAG